GUCCGUGUAGUAUGAGUAUGAUCUUAUAAUAAAUAAAAGGUGUCCAAAGUCUGAGGUGUUCCUCGUUCUCUCCCCUCAAACACACAACAAGGUUGUAACUCAGACUUAACCAUGAAACCUCUGACUUUAAUCCUCAGUCUCACACUAUGCAUCCUAUUCAUCGCUGCCAUCUCUGAAGCAAAGUCCAUAGUCACACAACCUCAACCCAACCAAUCUUUCAAGCUCAACCAAACCAAGCCACAGAAUGUGGGUAGUAGCUGUAGUUACACGGUGACCAUAAAAACAAGCUGCAGUUCUCCUUCCUACACUAGAGAUCGCAUCAGUCUUUCUUUCGGUGAUGCUUAUGGCUAUCAGGUUUAUGUUCCAAGACUUGAUGAUCCUCGAUCAGGGACAUUCGAGAGGUGCUCUACAGAUACAUUUGAGAUAUACGGUCCAUGUACCUACCAAAUAUGCUAUCUGUAUCUAUACAGGAGUGGAUAUGAUGGUUGGCUGCCAGAGAAAGUGACCGUAUAUGGCUAUAACUCCAAGCCUGUGACAUUUUACUACAAUACUUACAUACCUAAUGGCAUUUGGUAUGGCUUUGAUUAUUGUCGCGGUUAUCUGCCCUCCAAAGCAGCACAGUAGUGUAGUAGUAAAGUGUCCUUUUCCAAAGUGAAACUUUCUUAUGUUCUAUGUCUCUACUUUCUAGUCUUUGGCUACUGAGGUUCCACGUUACCAUGUCAUAUUUAAUUCGAGAGACUUUUUUUUUUUUUUUUUUAUGCUGAUCACAAAGCUUGUUUCUUUCUAAUAUAUCUUUUGUUUUCUUUAA